GCCGUUUUCCGUUUUCAGUUUUUGUUUGACGUUCGCGUAAAGCGCCCGGCUCGAAACGCAAACGCAAGACGCACGCCCGAGAAACGCUCGAAACUGAAGAACGCAUACGUUUACCGUUACCGUUGGUCAGCUGUUUCCGUUCCGCCGCGAAACCGAAAACCGAGAUUUUUGCGUUGUUCAAUUUUUUUUUUGCAAGUGAGAGAGUCUUGAACAACAAGGAAUAAGCAUUCGAAAUAUAUCUACAAGCAUAACAAAACCAAGAUAUCGCAAAAGCGGAGAAGAAAAGUGCAUAGUGAAAAAAGGAAAAAUACAUACAACUAAAUACUGGAAUACUGGAAGAAAAAAAAACAAACAAAAAUAUUCAAGGAGGAUCGCAAUUUCGCGCUUUGUUUUUGUUUUGCCAAAAUUGCCGCCGGCUCACACGUGCUAUCCCCCUCUCGCUCGCACCUGCCCCCAGUCCUUAUGUGCGUUAACCGUUAAGUGUGUAGCUGGGGUUCAACCCGCUCCUCUCUCUCUAUCUCACUCCCACACGCAAACGCACACUAGGGCUCGUACACAGAAAAGCGCACACACGAGACUUAACCCACUGUUGCCCCCCAAAAACCAACCGCUUUAACCCUCCCCCCCCGAAAACCAACCCAACUCCAUUCCCCGGCAUCAAGAUAUUCGACAACAAAAUUCUCACCGAGGCCUCAAAAGCGCCCCUGAGGGCCGUCGCACUGGCGUCAUUUCUGGGCGACGGGUUCGCCGCCCUCGGUAGCCGCGCCCCCCCGCCCAAGGACCAUCUGAUGGCGUUCGGGGCGGUCCUACACACCAGCCAGCACAAUAUCGGUCGCAGUGAACCGCCCGUGGGUGUCGGUGAUCCCUGCGCCGGAUGUAACAAACCCAUCCUGGACAAGUUCCUCCUGAAUGUCCUGGAACGCGCCUGGCACGCCUCCUGCGUCCGCUGCUGUGAAUGCCUCCAACCGCUCACCGACAAAUGCUUCAGCCGCGAAUCGAAGCUCUACUGUCGCAACGAUUUCUUCAGACGUUACGGCACCAAGUGCAGUGGGUGUGGCCAGGGUAUCGCGCCGUCGGAUCUGGUGCGAAAGCCCAGGGACAAGGUCUUCCACCUGAACUGCUUCACCUGCUGCAUCUGCCGCAAGCAACUGAGCACAGGUGAGCAGCUCUACGUGCUGGACGACAAUAAGUUCAUCUGCAAGGACGACUAUCUGCUGGGCAAGGCGCCAUCCUGCGGCCACAAUUCGCUGAGCGAUUCAUUAAUGGGCUCGGCGAGCGAAGACGAUGACGACGAUGAUCCGCCGCAUUUGCGGGCCACGGCCCUCGGAUUGGGCGUACUGGGGCCGAAUGGACCCGACUCAGCGGGCGGACCUCUGGGCACAUCGGAUAUAUCAGUACAAAGCAUGAGCACCGAUAGCAAAAAUACCCAUGACGAUUCCGAUCAGGGCUCCUUGGACGGGGAUCCGGACGGACGCGGCGAUUCCCAGGCGGAGAACAAAAGUCCCGACGAUGCCAACGGAUCGAAGCGACGCGGUCCGCGCACCACCAUCAAGGCCAAGCAGCUGGAGGUGCUGAAGACGGCCUUCAAUCAGACGCCGAAGCCGACACGCCACAUCAGGGAGCAACUGGCCAAGGAGACCGGCCUGCCCAUGCGCGUCAUACAGGUGUGGUUCCAAAAUAAACGGUCGAAGGAGCGACGCAUGAAGCAGAUCACCAGCAUGGGCCGUCCGCCCUUUUUCGGCGGCGCCCGCAAAAUGAGGGGCUUUCCCAUGAACCUCUCGCCCGGCGGACUGGACGACGGACCCGGCUUUCCCUACUUCGCGGCGGACGCCAAGUUCGAGUUCGGCUACGGCGGACCCUUCCACCCGCACGACGGACCCUACUUCCCCGGUCACCCCGGCGGACCGAUGCCGUUCAAUGCGCCAGGUGGCCCCAUGGACCACAGCGGACCCAUUCCGAUGGUGAACGAGUUCGGGCUGACGCCGGAGGCGACGUUCCUGGGGCAGGCGGGCGGUCCGCCGAUGCAGCUGCAGUCGGCCGUCGGACCGCCUCCACCGCCGCCACCGCCGAGCGCCGAGCACUUGAUGGCGGCCGCAGCAGCGGUGGCGCAGCAACAGGCGGCGCAACAGCAGCAGCAGCAGAAUGCGCAACAAGCGGCGAAUCAGACGCAGCAGCAGCAGCAACAAAAUGGCCCCCGCACCAAUUCGCCGGAAUUCAUGAGCUCGGCGAAUUUCAGCGAACCGCAGAAUAUGCAAAAUGAAGGGCUCGUUUGGUAAUACGAUACGUAAUACAAAACAACGUGACGCAACGUAACGUAACGUACGGCAAUGUUGAGAGAGAGUGAAAUGAAUCUAUUCAUCGUUAUGUUGCCGGAGAGAGAGAGAAAGAGAGAGAGAUACAGAGGGAGAGAGAGACAGGGAGAGAGAAUUUCUGUUAAACCAGUCGCUGUUAAAACUUUUAACAUUUAGUUUUUUCUCUAUUGCUCUAGUGCCGUCUCGCUCUUGCCAAAGGCUAAGCCCCACCCCCUCUGCUACGUUUUGUUUUUGUUAUACUUUAUUAUUAUUAUUAUUACAUUACUGUGCUAUUUUUUUGUAUUUCAAUUCGGCGCCAAAAUAUUUGUAAAUUAUAAAACUAAACAAAAAAAAAACACAAAAUAGACAAAGAAAAUCUCUCUUAAAUGUAUAAAAACAAAACAAAUAAUGGGCGCUGCACAUAGUAAACAAUUUUUUUAAAAACAACAAAAAAAAACGAAAGAAAAACACUAAAAAAAUUAUAUUAAAAGCAAACACUAAACGUCUUGUCUGUAAUUAAAACAAAAAAUACUAUUUAUGUGUAUCAGUGUAUAAAAACAAAAUGCAAAAAUCUGUAGUCUAAAAAAAGAAAGAUCUGCAUAAAGAGAAUUUUUUUGUAAAUUAGCACAUUUUAUUCGUAACUCUAAAAAUUGUUUAUUUUUUGCCAGCAUUUUUUGACGAAAAACUUUUUUUUUUAUAUUAUUACACGUAACAUAUGGAUAUAUAUAUUAUAAUCGUUGUCUAACAACAUAAACGUAACUAGGCAUGUACUAGGUUCUAAGUCUAAAUAAACCAGAUAUUAUAUAUACAAGAGCUAUAUACGGCAGCACACACGUACACGGCAAAAAAAAAAAAACAACACAUAGCAAACUAAACUAAACUAUUUUUUUUUUUUGUGGUCUUAGAACUUAAGCGAACGUAAUUUAUUAUAAACAAAAUGGAUAAAAAUGAGAGGAGGAGGAGAAAGCAGCGGAAAUGCUAAAACUAAAUGUAAACCUAGAAAAGGAUGACACCUAAACAAAAUUACACAUAUAUAUAAAAGGUAUAUGAAAAUAAAUAUAUGAAUUUCCAAUUAUAAUGAUAUAGCAGCGAAAAAAAAAAUGAGAGAAAAAUCCCCCAGCUAACAAUUUUGAUUAUUAUUAUGACGAUGCGAAUUAUUAUUAUUAUUGUAAAAAGUAUUUAGUGUUAGCAUAAUGCGUAAGUUUAUUAAAGAACCGAAACAACAACCACAACACAGACAACUAAAUCCUUAUAUUCAUCAAGCGAUUAAAAAUAAAAUGUGCAAAAGAAACAGCAACAAAGGCGAAUUAAAAUAAUGGCUACAAAAAUGUGGAAAAGCGAUUAAAAAGCGGCGGAGAAAAUUCGCAUUGGGAUGAGCGCAGCAAAAGGCGGGAAAAUCAAUAAUAAAUAAACACAAAUUGUUAACAAAACCUAAAUAAAAAUAAAGACGAUGAAGAGCAACAAACAAAAAACGGAAAUGAAAGAAACAUUUGAUGAGAAAAAAAUAUAUAUAAAAUAAAAA